AAGUCGGUCUCUUGAGUGCUAUGGCGAAGUGCCGAACCGCUACACUACAGACGCUGGUUUUAAGUUUAGUAACCAACUGCCAAAACAGUAUGCCGCUUACUGUUUCCUUUCCUUCUGUCCCGUACAGAAAGACGAAAAAAGUAGCAGUCAUUCAUCAGAGGACUCCGACCUUGAGCGGACGAGAAAGAAAGAGAAGAAGAAAAAGAAGAAAAAAAGGAGGGAGAAGAAAAAGCACGACGACAACGAAAAAACAAAAGCGUGGAUCAAAAGACACGCCCGAGAUUCUAAAGACGCCAGCUCAUCGAGAUCGAGUUCUGAGGAGCUGAUAACGCUCACACCUGGAUCUUCCGAAACCUCGUCGGUUGGCAGAAGUCGCAUGUCUUCAACUCGGAAAGAAACUUCUGUGGGAGAGAGUGAUGCUAACACAUUGAGCCAAGUAGAAUCGAGAGAGUCUAUAGAAAGUACAUCAAUGGAUGAAGUUCGAAAAUCUUCCCACGCGGAGAGAUCUUUCGGUGAGGAAGUUCGAGAUUCGUCGACAAGUGAGAAAAGUUUUUCGCGACCAGGAGAAGAAAGAAUCUCUACAGAGAGGAUACCGAGUGGUGAAAGUCGAACAUCUACAGAAGAAGAAAGACUUGCUGUAACACAAACCAAACUAUCCAUGACAAAUGACGGUAGACGAGCUGUUGAUGGGCACAGGAAAAGAUCUUCUAAGAGACACAAAAAAAUGUCCACAGAAGAACGGAAUGAGGAACUUGAUCAAGAAAACAGACGAUUUUCCUCAAGACAAGGUUCAACAUUUUUGCUGAAUGAUGGUGAAGAGUUCGUUGAGGAAAACAGACAAAAACCUCCAGAAAUGGACGUCACACCGACAGUGACUGGCGAGGUAAGGGAAGUUAAGCACACUCGAAAACCUCGUGCUGAAGAUCGGGCGUCAAUGUUAAGAGAAACAGAUUUCCAAAGUAAGAAUCAAAAGUCACCGGGAAAAGAUCAUGCAGAUUAUACCAGUGAUGAAAAACAAAGAGUUUUCGUUGAUAAAAGUCAAAGAUCUUUGUCUGAAGAAGUGCUGGAGUCGAACAAACCCGAAGAUUGGAGGACAUCAACAUAUGUAGAUCAACAGUUGUCAAGAAACGAAUUAAAACUUUCACACGCCGACGACAAUCGGAAGUCAAUUCAAUUCAAAUCGGUAUCGUUUAACCUUGACGAUGGGGAUCGAGUCGUCCCUCCAGCGCCACCGGUGAGCAGACGGACAUCAACAGACGCAGUAAUGUCUUCCCCAGGCAUCGUCCUCCCUCAGAACUCGCUGGCUGAUAUGGAUCCCAUUUCAGAAGAAAUAUCGUUUUUUCGUCGACCAGACCGUUCCAUGAUAAUAAAUCACGACGGCCGUUCAAGAAUUGAGUCCAUAUGUGGAUUUCGUCGACAACCUGAAACAAGAGUCAGAACAAACUGCAGCAGCCAAACACUAGAAAUACAAAACGCUAAGAUACUGACGUGGGAAGAAGCCCAGGAGAUAAUGGCUGGUCAAAUGCAGGAUCUGCUCAAGUCCCCGAGAACUGUCAUCCUGGGUGAGCAAGGAACCAUGACGUGUCAGACCAGUUUAUCUGCUACACCUGUUUCUAUUCUGAAAAAGGCACCAGAGACAAGAUCUUUUAGAUGUAGAUCUCCGUCUCCGCUACUCCAGCGACCAAAUAAGCCUCGACAUUCCAUAUCGCCUGGCAGGAAGCCCGUAUUGGAAAGACGGCCUCUUGUCAAUUCUGGGAAUAUAGAAGUGAGUAACUUACCAGAUAACGUACCAGGUAUCUUUUCCAGCGACACGUCCAUGAGCAAUGCUAAUCCGGGGGAUCCCACAAAGACCAAGGAGCCAGACUAUGAGGGCUCUAAUGUCGAAGCAAGCGAAAAGUCGCCUUUGGGGAAUAAAAUCAAUUUGCAGUCGGAAGGAGUUACGGAGGGAGAAGAACUCCAAGAUCCAUAUUGGGAAUACUUUGGCGAUGGUGAGGGCUACCCUGAAGGCGAUGGUGAGGGCUACCCUGAAGGCGAUGGAGAGGGCUACCCUGAAGGCGAUGAAGACUACUACUAUUAUUACCCACAAGACGACAGUGAAGAAUGGGCAAAUCAUUACCUAGAAGACCCGACUGCCCAAGGUGGCAUGGACAGCGGACAAGAGGGAGUAUUUGACCUUCCAGUUCAAAAUGAAAUUGAGAGCCUUAAUCCAGGACAGAUGGAUGUAGUACAGCCCGAUACGACUCCGCCCUCUCCUGCCAAAGUGUUAUUGGAUGACCCCGAAGAUAGUGGCGUUGUCAGGAGCUCUCUAUCUGAUCCCCCCAAACAAGCGUCCCCAGAGCUUGGCUCAAUAGAUGGAGGGUGGAGGAGAAGUCUGGAUCAGACUACACCAUCUGUCCGAGAAUUCGACGUCGAUCCAAAGCCUGUUGCAUCGACCCAAGAUCAAAACAUUCCCCGUAUAAGUAUUGAUGGAUCUUCACUGAAGAUUGAACCCACAACAGCUGUCGAAAGGAGAUCCGCGGUGCCAAGCCAAGUCAGUCUCUCAACCACCAAGCAAACAUCAUCUCGCAAUCUCCCCAGGGAAAGCAGUGUAAAGGAUGCCAAUCUUCCCGCCCUUUUGGAAGUACCCCAAGAAGACAGAGAAAAGCCAAGGAUCGUAAUUGAUCGAUCUCGUACAAAUAUGUCUUCUACGACAAAAAUGGACUCCCAGCCCGUUCUACCUACAGUCCAGAGUCGAAGCGUUUCACGAAAAGUUUCAGGGGCCAGUUUAAGCCCGUCAGUGAAAUCUCCACAUGCGUCCCCGCGGCCGUCCAUACACAUCCCUAAGAGACCCAGGCCAGUCAGGAAUGUGUUAUCCGUGGCCACGCCUCAGAACAUACAGGAGGCCGUGGACAAGAGUGCGCCGCUAAACGAUAUACGAGACCUGUUAGUGUCAAUCCGAGAAUACCUCACAUCUAACGGCGAUGAGAAGUCCAAGCAGAGUCGCGAAAUGAACGAAACGGCCAAUACUAUUUUGAAAGAAUUGAAACGAUCUAGAGAAAAGAAGACAGAUGAUGGCAAUGCAGGAAAUGACCCUAAAACAUCAGAUUUGGUGAUAUCAUACGAAGACACGGACAGUCAGGACUGGCUGCCAUACUACCACGUGACAUUUCUGCGUGACGUCACGACGUCCGAGAGUAUCGGCACCACCAAACAUCCGGUCCUGGUGGCCUCGUGCCGCGCCAGAAGACGGCUGGGCUUCUAUCUGUGGAACGUCGUUAUCAUUGUGAGAUGGCUCAGUUACGCAUAAGAAAAUCCCUCCAGCAAAAGAAGACGCCUCAAGUGAGCGAGGAACCCCCAGCCCUACCUGAGGAGUAGAAGAGGGCGACUUGGCCACAGCACUCUAGUCUCAGUCCGUCAAACCCUGACUCACAAACCCAUCUCUACAUGGAGGAAUGAAGAACGGAGAAAACAAAAAUUUUCCUUUCCUUUUACUUUUUCUGUAGUCUUAUACCGCCAGAUGUCCAUAGAAGGAUGAAGUGCACACUGCUAGUGGAGAUCAGUUCUACUAAGUCGAGGCCAGCCAGAAUGUUCUCCUCGGAGGAACAUUUGGACAUGAUUUGUGAGGCAGCGUGGUGGAAUCAGGCUCUCGUCAAAAUAAUCAAA